AAUUCGCUGUUUCCGUGUAGCAUGUAUAUAGCCUACACUAGUACAGCGCUAAAAGUAGGAGAGUUCUCUCGAUUGCAGUCACUCCCAGCACUGUCCGUCGAGUACGGAAAGUAUUUUGAUCGAGAACUGAUCGUCAUUACACUGGCAGAUCAUCUACAAGACGUGAAAUCCUACGCUUUCUCGUUAGGAUUAACAAAGCCAAGUGUUGCUUUGGUGAGCAGUCGAGAUGUGCCGCCUACGUGCGAUCCAGGUUGUAUCAGCUGUGAUAUUCUUUGCAGGUCUGAUUGCCGAAACCAGUGGACAAUGCAUACCUCUUAAGAGGGGUAACUCAAGUCUGGUCGAAACACACGUGGGGAACCCAAACAUCGAACUUCCAGAAGACGGCAUAGCACCAGUUGUAUUUCCAAACGGUUCAGCAUGCGUACCACCUGGACUAGCCAGGUCCCCCUUCUUGUCGUCCCUCCUUUUCCCGAUUUAUGACGUAGGGACUCGGUCCCUGGUGGAGUGCCUGAAGUAUCGCCUCAAGUUUUUGGUCGGAUGGAUUAUUAGCCGGGUGAACUGCGACAGUUCUAUCCCUGCUAAUCUCAGCUUCACGCUGCCGACAACGUCUCCAGACACACGCACUCACGCAUUUUCCAACACGAAACGGCCUAGCGAUCCAACGGAACAGCCCUCCACAGCGCCACGACGAAAUCAAAAUAGUACGGCUUCGCCACCAAGUCCCAUGUCGAAUUCGUCUGGAUCACCAGCGGGCUCAGCACAGCUAACAGUAGCUGAAAUCAUAGGUAUCGUCAGCGCCGGUUUAUUCCUUGUGUGCGCCAUAUUCGCUAUCGCUUACUGUGUGAAGGUGCAUGUAUGCAGGAGACCGGCAAUGGCAAUCAGUGAAAGGGAUUCCAACAGACGUCCACUAUCUGGUUGCUUAAUGGUCUCUAGUCCUCAUAGACACAUCUCGAUGCAGGACUUCAGGCUGCCGAUCCAGGAAGGCGGCAAUAGAGAGUCAUCUGUGUAGUUGAAGCCCACUCUAAAGAAGAACAAGGCGGGUGAAGAAAACGGCUGCGGAUCAACCUGAUAGAUUACGGGCUGCUUGCGUCAGAACCGGGCUGAGCAAGUACGCAUGUAAAGUUGAAUGUUGAAUGCAUGGGGCCAGAAUGAGUUGCUGUCUGAUGAUUGACAAAACCAUGAAACUCAAAGUUGUAACAGAAAUGCUUUAGGUUCCUUCUUUCAAGUGUGUGUACUAGGCUCUGCACCUAGGUGUUUUGAGCACUAUCGUCGUGAGACCAGAAUAUUUAUGGAUGUAAACACACCAUGAUCAAUGAAGCUGCUGAUACUCGACUGUACUCUUUCUUUGGCAAUCUAGCUUAGACAAGAUAAUCGCUACCGGAGUUUAUUUUCAGAAAACAGGUUGUUCUGUGUGAGUGUGUGUGUGCAUGACUGUGUGUGUGUGUGAGUGUGUGUGUGUGUGUGUGUGUGUGUGUGUGUGUGUGUGUGUGUGCGUGCGCGCAUGUGUGUGUGUGUGUGUGUGUGUGUGUAUGUGUGUGUGUGUGUGAAUGCACGUGCUUAUGGCUUUGAAAUACUGUUCAUACGCCCACUUCCAUGUUUACCUUACUCCUGAGCACAGCUGAACUUUUCUUAGCCUGACCUUGCAAUUACAAUACAUGCAGUUGAUAACAGCCAUACCAUCAAAUCAGCUUUAUUUAAUUAUGUUCAUUUCUGUUCAGGAUUUGUAACUGAGGUCAGAGUGACAUCUUCCCCAUUCACCGCCAGAUCUGUGUAUUUCCGGUGGCUUCCUUUGCUCAGUAAAUUCAACUCACUGUAAAAUGAUACUUGCUCCACCAUGCGCUCAUGUUCGCCAAUGCAAUCUCUACAUGCAUUAUUGACUGCUUUUAUCUGUGUAUUCUA